AUGGAAGAAAGAAACUUUAUUUUGGUUCUAUUCAUUCUAUUCUCAUUCUUAUGUUUUGGUCGGGCAUGUGACAGGGACGAAUUCGUGAAUGUCGACUGUUCGAAACAUAAAUUUAUCAUAUCCAUCAACCAGACUUGCUUUGAUCAGCACUGGAAUAGAGGCGAUGAUUGGACCGAGACGAUCUAUCUCGGCAAUGAUCGAAGCAACUCUUCAGAUUGCAAUUUCGGCGCUAGAAAUCAAAGCUCGUCCCCUUUUGAAGUGCUGUUUUCUGACUGUGAUGUGAAAACAUCCUAUCCUGACCCAGCAGACAUGGAGAAAAUCAAAUUUGAAUUGAAUGGAAUCGUCCAAGAAAAAUAUAAUCUUAAUGGAAACAUGACAAUUGAUUCUCCCUUUGAUCUUCAAUGCGAGUAUGAAAGCUCAACUAGUACGAAAAUAAGCAUGCAAAUAAACUCAGCUGCGGCAAUCAAUAUCGCCCAAAAUCUUGCACUUGACGUUGACAAUAUUCCUGCACCAUCAAUUUGUGUCGAAUCUUCUUACAAAUCGAACAGCUACGACUGCAAUAAAGAGCCAAUGCUUGGAUUGAAACUGUUGAUUGAUUACCCAAGCAACAAGUUUUCAGAUUUCAGAAUAAAUCAAAUCUGGACCGGUGCUAAAGCGGGCGAAAAAACAAUAAAACUCGUGGAUGACGGGUGUGCUCUCUUUCAAGAUGAUCUCGUUGAAAGUCAUGGGCGAUCCUUUUAUUGGAAGCCGUUCACUUUUAACAAUGCAAAGUCCUUCUUUUUGACGAUUCAUGUGACUCUAUGCGAUCCAAACGACAGUAUCUUUUGCACUGGAACCACUGAUUGUUCUAAAAAUCAAGGCAACGAGUAUCUGUUUAAUCUUUUGCCGCAGCAUUUCUUGGUGAUGGGCGAAAGUUUGAGCGAAUCAUACAAAUUUUCUGUUGACGACUCAACUCAAACAGCAGUUUCCGUGACAGCACCUUCCGAUGUCUUUACAAAAUUUGCUCCUCAUGCGAUCAUCAAGGACAUGCUGUACAUCUUUGGUGGAGAAUCAGAUCCGCAAAAGAUUGCUAGUUCUUCAGGAUGGUCUUCUCUGACUGAUUUUCCUCAUUACACGAGGCAUCAUUUUUUGAUCGGUCUGUCAAGUGGAAAUCUUUUGCUCGCGGGUGGUGUGAGUGGAGAAACGCAGCAAAAAUGGAUAUGGCUGCUGAAAAAUAAUAGCUGGACAGAACUCGGAAACCUUCAAAAUACUAAUUAUUACGGAACUGCAAAAAGGAUCAACAAUUCAAUUUUCAUAUUUCCUGGCACGUCAAAAUUUAUUGAAAUCGAUGAGCCACUAGAAGAGAAAUGGGUUUUUGAAAAGAAUCCGUACGAAUAUAUAAUCAGUAAUGUUCCUGAAAAAUUCCGAAAAAACGUCAAAGAAAAUUUCCAAUCCGAAGCGGGAGUAAAACAUUCAAGUUGUCCUUUCACCAUCAGAAGUUCAAACAAAACACAGAAGUCGCGGUUUCCAGAUGUUCUCGGAAUCGGCAUGGCGAAAUGUGGCACGGGGUCGUUGAGUUUUCUUGGCUGCCAUCCUCAAAUUGUUUACACCCACGGAGAGCUGCGAUUCUUUAGCAAUCCUUCGAACGCGCAGAAAAUCCUAGAAUACAGCAAGAACACUACAGAAAACACCGCGCAGCACAAACUUAACGAAUACAAGUUCAAUGCGCUGAAACAAAGCUAUUUACUGGACCUCAGACCAGCAGCAGAUGAUGAAAUCUUGAUCGAAACUUCUCCACAGUAUGCAAUGUCUAGCUCCAAAGAAGACAACCAAAUAACAGUUAUGGGAAGAAGAAGGAUGGAAAUUCAUGCAAUGAAAGCGCUAAACCCAAAGAUCAAGGUCAUUGUUGUGUUGUGCGAUCCGAUCAAGAGAGCGUUCUCGGGCAUCAGCAUGCAUGUUCGAAAUAACAAAAAAAUGGAGAUGCAAAGUCAAAUCGACGAAUUCACCGUCGCGGUCGAAGAAGAAUCGAAUGAAGCUCGGGCAAAAGUUGAAUUCGUCGACGUCAUCUCCCCCUUUCAAGAAAUUCUGGGGGAGGAAAACGUAUUGAUAUUGGAUGGAGAACUGGCGAUUAAAGAUCCGAAUGAGGGCUAUGGGCAAAUUUUGGACUUUCUUGGGCUUGAAAAAGAAGGAUUUGAACUUGAAAUUGAUGCUGAAAAGGGCUUCCCAUGUUUGAUCAAACCUGCAAAAAAAUGUCUGAAAGACACAAAAGGAACUUCGCGAAAAAUCGAUGUGCGGGAAGAAUAUCCAAAAGAUACAGCCAUUUGGACCUCCUACUUCAAACCGUUCAUGGAAUCUCUUGUUCUUCACCUGAAUUUAUGCAGUGAAAUCAACGAAGAGUGUUGUUCGAAAUUGAAGAAGGAAGGAGCACUCUUUUCUUUUGCUAAGUAUUAUGUUUGCGAUCAGUCUUCACAAUAG